AUGGCUGUAUCCAGGAAGGGUUCAUUUCAGACCUUUGGAAAGGAAGUGUGCAUCACGGGUCACUCGGUGUCCCCCAGCCUCCGCACCGUCCUCCAGGAGUGCAUGUGUUGUCAAUGCUAUGCCAGGUUUGGGGGUCACUUGCCUGUGCCCCGGGCUGAUGCACUGCUGCCAUACUGGGUGCCCCUGUCCCUGAGACCACGAAAGCAGGUCUCAAAGAUGAUGCGACGUUAUACUCCCAGAGCCAUAAGGUCAUGUCGUUGCCCCUGCCACUGCUUUGGGGGCUGCCUUCCAAUGCCCAGGGAUAGGGCUGUUAUGCCCUAUUGGGUGCCCCAGGGGCUGAGGUCACAGAAGAAGGUGGUGAAGAGGCUGGAGAACGUUAAAGACACUCCAGGUAACUCCACACCAUGUGUCACCUCAUCCUGCCCCGGGAAGGGGGCAGU